GUUCGCCGGUCUCGCGCGCUGAGACGGGCGGCUUUGAGUGUCGCAAUUGGUAGCCCUUCCUGUGCUCCGAGUCUUUCCCUCGGUGGGGAAGUUCAGGCGGAACGUUUUGCGGGCGCUGAAGGGAGACAUGUGGGGGACCUCUCCAUUUCCAAGACGUAUUUGACUGAUGGAUCUAUUUUCAACUUCUCACAGUCUCUAAAGAGAAUAAUCACUACACUUAUGGCAGGGGUUUUGCAUUCAGUAGUUCACAGGACCCCAGGCAGAUUACAGACAGUGACAAAAGGUGUGGAGUCUCUCAUUUGUACCGAUUGGAUUCGUCACAAAUUUACCAAGUCAAGAAUUCCAGAUAAAGUGUUUCAGGCUUCAGCUGCAGAUCAUGAAAAAUAUGGUGGGGACCCACAGAACCCUCAUAAAUUACAUAUUGUUACCAGAAUAAAAAGUACAAAAGGACGUCCAUAUUGGGAAAAAGAUAUAAUAAAGAUGCUUGGAUUAGAAAAAGCACAUACCCCUCAAGUUCACAAGAACAUCCCUUCAGUGAAUGCAAAACUGAAACUGGUUAAACAUUUGAUAAGAAUCAAGCCCCUGAAGUUGCCACAAGGACUUCCAACAGAGGAGAACAUGUCUAACACGUGCCUCAAGAGCACUGGGGAAUUAGUGGUGCAGUGGCAUCUGAAACCUGUGGAGCAGGAAGCCAUUGAGUCCUGAUGCCGUCACAGCUUCAGAUUAAAAAGUGCAAAUCAUUUUUAUUUAAAGAUGGUGAGAAAGUGUUUUCAUUAAAAUAUAUUGUAAAUUCUA